ACCGGUUUUUCAAAUGUAACGGUGUCAACUUGAAUAAAUGAAUGGCGAAGAGUUGUGUAUUUUGGACAAGCGUCACACCCUCUGGCUUUUGGUCACAUAUAUAGACAGUGGACAUAAAAACUUGGGAAUUUUCUCGGAUGAAAAGUUUUGGCGUGAAUGAGAGUUUAAUUUUCUACGAAGGAUCAAUUUUCAGGAAUUAUUAAUGGGCGAUUGAAUGCUUUUCUGUCACGCGUUAAUAAACAAACACAUUAGUCUAGAGCGUUUGUGAAUAAAAGGGUAGAAUAAAUUAGUGGUAGUAAUAAGGAUAAAUAGUAACACUUUAAAUAAUUAAAUAAAUAUGGACUCGCACAAUAUUGCGCGAUCUCGCCAAGGACAUGCAGCGCAGGCCGGAGUCGACAAAUGGGUUCUUAUUCAAGAAAACACAUUCCGUAAUUGGGUAAAUGAACAACUUAGGUCCGCCGGACAGGAAGUGAAUAAUCUGGAAAAUGAUUUUGACGAUGGCGUACGUCUGUGUGCGCUGGUAUCUUCGUUACAAGGGAAGCGUAUUCGAGUGAUCAAAAAUGCGAGAAAUCACCACCAGCAGUUGGCUAAUGUUGCUGAAGCUCUGGCAGCAAUAGCAAACGAUAACAUCAAACUUGUUAAUAUAGGACCCGAAGAUGUUGUCGAUGGCAACCUGAAACUGAUUCUGGGUCUCAUCUGGCAUCUUAUUCUACGGUACCAGAUUGGGAAGAGCAAGUUCCCGACAAAGAAGCUGAUGAUAUGCUGGUUACAAGCUGUCAUCCCAGAAUGCAACAUUACAAAUUUUACGUCUGACUGGAAUGAUGGCAUUGCUCUACAUGCACUGAUAGAGUUUUGUCGACCAGGAUUGUGUCCAGAGUGGAGAAAUUUAAGUAGGUCAGAUGGGCUAGAUAAUUGCCGUAAUGCCAUGAUGCUCGCGAAGCAGUAUUUUGAUAUUCCUCUUGUCGUACGUCCAGAGGAUUUAUCAAGUACUGAUCUGGACGAGCUAUCGGGCAUGACAUAUCUGUCCUACUUCAUGAAGGUUGAUUCUCCUGGAUACCACGCGACCUUGGACUUGGUGCGCCGCCUGCUUCGUGGAGGAACUGUUAAUAAUUUUACAAGUGACUGGAGCAAUGGUCAGCUGUUAUGUAGACUGGUUCACGCUGUCGGUGGGAAUGUUUCCGGAUGGCCAGCACUGUCGGAUAACUCUAUAGAAUGCAUGCAGAUGGGUAAGUUACAUUUACUUAGAGGUUGGUCAGAUCUUGGGAGAGUUGAAAAAUGCUGCAUAUCUAAUUCAUUGUUAAGAGAUAGUGGCUUAGUUGUUUGCAGUGUGAAAGAUUUUUCAUAUUUUGAUCAGAUAGGGUUUUUGGAUUAUAUUUCCUUUUCAAAAAGGAAUAUAGUGUUACAUUCCUGUUUACCGUUGAAUAUAUAUUGUGAAGGCCAGGUAAUCAAUGGCUGUCCUGCCUCAUUUAAAGUAAUGGCUGACCGCUCCAAAGUCUCUCUCACAACUGUAGAUAGUUGUUCCCUUGGGACACUCACUGAACUGCAGGUGAAUAGUGCUACUGCAGGUGACGGUGAUGUUCAGAUACAGGUGCGCGCACCAAGUGGUCGCUCAAUGAAUCUAAGCGCUGUCCCACGCCAUGGCGGAAACUAUAUCUCUAACUUCAACCCGACCGAAGUUGGAGAAUGGGAGGUGUCAGUGAUGUAUGACGAUGAACAUAUCUCAGGCAGCCCCUACAUGGUCAAUGUAUAUGACCCAUCCCAAGUGAAGGUUUAUGGGCUGGAAGGAGGAUCCAUGGGAUCUGGUGUCAUCUUUAAUGCUGAUGCCACAAAAGCCGGCAAAGGUACGACACGUGUGGAGGUGAUGCAAGGGGGAGUGGAUGUGACGGAAAAUUGUAUUAUGCGAGAGGAGUACAAUAACUUCUAUAAGCUCAACUUUAACCCACCUUCCCCAGGAUCUUACAAUGUACACGUUUAUUUCAAUGAGACAGAAGUUAGAGGAUCACCAUUUGAGAUUGACAUUGUUGACUCGAGCAGUGUGACUGUGAGUGGAGAUGGCCUCAGCCUGGUCCCAGUGAAUAGAACAGCCACAUUUGAGGUGCAUGCUGCAAGCUCUGGCAAGGUUGAUGUGGAAAUCACAGCUCCAAACGGUGCCUAUGUUCCAGCUCAUGUGAAUAAACUGUCAAAUGGUUCCUACAGUGUGCAGUUCAUUCCAAAUUGCGUAGGGGACCAUAAAGUGAAUGUAUAUUUUGCCGGCCAGUUGAUACAGGGAUGUCCUUACACAGUGCGUGUAUGGGAUGCCAGUCGAGUCAUAGUCUCAAACAUGCCAACAUCAAGUGUGUUUGGACAACCAGUUGUAUUUGACAUUGAUGCAUCUAAAGCCGGCAGUGGUAACAUAGAGAUAAUGAUCAAUGGUGGAGAGAUUGCUUGCAGUGUGCAAAACCAUGGCAACUAUAAAUUUACGGCUUCUUUUAUACCUGCUAAUAUGGACGACCAUAAAAUAGAGAUGAAAUUUAACUCGGAACAAGUACCAGGUUCACCUUGGAAAGUAAUGAUACUGGAUGCUGGCAAGAUGUCUGCCACAGGAAGUGGACUGGACUUUGUACAUAUACACAGAACAGCAUUCUUCUCUGUUAAUAUGCUUGGAAUGGACCCAAAGAAACUAGCAGUAAAGAUAAUAGGUCCUAAUGGGUCAUCCGUUCCAUACAGGACAGAGCAGGGAACCAAUGAAUUCAAAGUAGAAUAUAUCCCAGCAGAAGUGGGUGACCACACAAUAGAACUGAAGUAUGGAGAUGUAGAGGUUAGUGGGUGUCCGUUUGUAGCCAAAGCUUACAACACAGCUGCCAUUGAAGUUACUGAACUACCUGAUGGUGUGGUCGGACAACCUAUUGAAUUUGGAAUUGAUGUGAGGAAGGCUGGUGAGGGACAGCUUGAAAUCAUGGUGAACAAUGGAAACAUACCUAACACAGUAGAGUCGGACACAACUGGAGUUUAUCGUAUGAGUUUUAUACCAGAGGAACCUGGCAGACAGAAUGUAGAUAUAAUCUUUAAUAAAGAGCAUCAUCCAGCUUCACCAUUCACAUGUAAUGCAGUGGAUCUGAACAAAGCAUCAGUACGGAGCUUGGAGAUGCAGCUGCCCGUUGAUAAAACUACAUCUUUCUAUGUACAUUCGGAGAAUAUCAGCCAAGAUCUGAAUGUUACAGUUGAUGUUUCUUGUUGUAUUUUAGCUCCAGCUGGUGAAGACAUUGCUGUAAGGUACAGGAAGGAGGGACAGGGUGUACAGAGGAUAGAGUUUACACCUAAACAAGCGGGUGUCCAUACAAUAAGUGUGACAUACCUUGGAGCCCAUAUUGGGGACAGCCCUUAUCAAGUGAAAACAUAUGAUCCAAAAUUGGUUCGCUUGUCAAAAAUGCCUCUUGGAAUUUUAAAUAUUCCAUUUAAAUUCAGAGUUCUUGGAGAUGAAGCAGGAGAUGGCAAGAUGGAGGUUACUGUGGAAACAGAAGGGGAGAGAAUUCCUACAGAACUAGAGGCAAUAGGGGAGGGAACUUUUGAAGUCACCUUCAUGGGAGAUGGAGAAAGGAAGCAUACAUUAAAUAUUCUUUUCAAUGGAGAACAUAUCCCAUGUAGUCCAUUGUCAAUUAACUUUGCUGAUGUGGACAAAAUAAGGAUCCAGAAACCAGAGAGCAUGCUCAUCCCAUGUAAUAGACAGAUAAAUAUGCAAGUGACGUCUGCUCCAACUGCCAUAGAUGAUCUUGUCAUACAUGUUGAAGGUCCAGUGUUCAAUAAGGUUCCACAUAAAUUCAGAGAAACCGGCAGCCGACUGUACAGCCUGGACUGGACCCCAGUGAAACCUGGGACAUAUGAUAUAGAUGUGAAAUAUGGGGAUGUGAUACCAGUCUGGGGAAGUCCAAUGAAAAUUAAAGUUUUUGAUUCAACCAAAGUGAAACUCCUUGAUAGGGGAUACAAGGCAGAAGUUGGAGAGAGACACCUUAUGAAAUUUGAUGUGUCAGAAGCUGGGGAAGGAGAGUUAGGAGUGAUUAUAAUGUGUGCAGGUGAAACUGUCCAAUCAGCAGUGAGCAAGGGAAAUGAUGAUAUGAUCUGGGUAUCAUUUGAACCGGAUAAAUAUGACCUCUAUGAUAUCUUUGUUACAUUUAACAAGGAACCAAUACCAGGUUCACCCUUCAAGAUAGACUUGUCUAGAGAUGACCCGGACUGUAAAGCUCUAGCUCUCCUCAACACCAAGUAUUUUGUUGUUGAACAACUGCAGUGGUGUUUCCUACAAGCUCUUGGAUAUUACCUACCUAUAGAUCAAUUAGUCAUGUAUAUAACAGGUCGUUUAUUGAAAGCUCUGUGGCGGCUGCAUCAUGUAUUUUUAAAAAAAAAAAAACAAUUAUCAGUUAUUACUGUAAUGGUGAAUAUAUGUAUGCAUCUUCAUUGUGAUUUAGUGUGCAUGACAAAUAACAGUUCACCAACAGGGGAUAGGGUACAUGCUGAUGUUUAUAACCAGGGUAACGGAGAAUACAGAGUGGAAUGGAUGCCCAGAUGUGCUGGUCGCCAUACCAUUGACGUGCAGUUUGCUGGUGUACAGGUUGAGGGAAGUCCAUUCUAUGUGGAUGUGUUUGAUUUAUCAACUAUCAGGAUAGAUAACUUCAGACACGGAACAGUUGGUGAUGAGGCUGGUUUCAGUGUUGACUUCAGCAAUGCUGGUACAUUAGAUCAGGAGAUCCAAAUCGUCGGCCCAUCAGGAGUUGAUGUCGUGUAUGACUCCAGAGAACUUGGAUAUCUCUGGAAAGAUUAUAUCUAUGAACCAGAGGAACCAGGAAAAUACCAGAUAUAUCUCAAAUAUGGAGGUUUCCAAAUUCCAGUGAAACAGUACCAGCCAGGUGGAUUUAAGGUUCAUUUUCUGGGGAAAAGAACACAAAAUAUGUCAUCCGUAACACAAGUAAAGUUCGAAAUUAAACCGUCAGCUAGAAAGAGUGUAAAUACUGGUAAAUCGAUUGGAAAUGUUGCUAGCUCUGGAGUUAAACAGAACACUAUUGGAGUUAAAAAUGAAGAUGGAAAUAAUUUUCAUAUAAAACCAGAAAAUGCAUGUGGUUCUGGCACUGCAGUCGGAAAUAAAGUAACUACUGGGAAGACUUUAAAGUCAGAUACUGCAGUAGUUAAAGAUGUAGUAAAAGAUAAAGGUGAUUCAGCAGUAAAAAGGAAUGAAAGUAAAAGAACUGUAGGAAUUGUUAUUGAUUCUUUAGCUAAACAAAAUGAAGCUGAAGUGAUAGAAAAAACUGCUGUAGUGCAAGAAAAGUCAAAACUUACAGUGAAAACUGAUAGUGUGAAGAAAGAGAAAGAAAUUGUAAAGAAGUCGGAUAGUAAUGUUUCAUCAGCCUCAAGUAAAGAAAUUGUUUCAAGAAAUGUGGUCCAAUUUAGAAAAAGUUUGGAAUCAAGGGAAUAUAGUUUUAAAAAGUCAGAUAGAUUUUCCUCCAUUGAAAAACAAAAUACGGAUGGAUGUAAUAUCCUAAAAGAUAAUGCACAUAGCAAUGAUAAAACUGGAGUAGCAUCAAAUAUAAAUGCUGAGCGUUUUGCUGGCAGUACCCUAAAUUCAGGGAAAACAAGAUCAGAAUCAAAGAGUAGUUUACACUUGACAGAGAGUAUAAAUAGAACUAGCUUUAGUAAAGAUGAAAAGGUACCCACAAAUCUUAGGGGAGAAAGUGGGAGUAUUAAAGAUCAAAAUAUUACCACCACCUUUAACAAUAAAGCUGGUGUAAAAAGCAACACAGUAGUAGGUAGUGGAUCUAAGCUAAACACAAAAAAUGAAGUAGAAAACCCAAAUGUGGUAGUAACUGUUGAAAAAAAGAUCACUAAUCCAGAAAGAGAGAAGAUGUUGGCACAGGCUUUAAAGGAAGAUAUCAUCAAAAAGGGGAAAACAUUUUCAUCGAAUAAUGGUCCAACAAGUAAAGGUCCAACAAUGGACCAGGAGAAGAAAAUGGAUUUAGGAGAGGAGCCGAGUGUGGAUGACAAUGUUGUAGAAAUUUCUAUAAGAGACAAUAAGCCAGAUGAACCUGUGGAGUUUGCUGAACCUGCAAACAUGAUAGAUGAACUGCAGAGAUACUUACUGAAACGCUUUGGUCCAGUUGUGAACAGUAAUGUUCAAGAGACUCAACAAACAUCAAAAUUUGUUGGUAAAGAAUCUGAAACAAUUGAAAACAAGGAUAAUGGAGACACUCCUAGUCAAACUAAACCAGAAUUAAGUGUGAAAACAGAUUCAGUUGAAGGUCAGGCAGUUGUUAAAAAAGCACCCAUAAGUCCUGAUGCAUUUUUACCUCAUCCUAUAUUUUUCAAAACUUCUAUCAAAAAAGACCCAGGUUCAAAACUUCAUGAUCAACUUCUGAAAGAACUAGGAUCAGUUCUGAAGAAGAAAGAUGGUAAAGAAGACAAUAGUAAAACAUCUGAUAAGGAAAAUGAAAAAGAUGAUGAAGACAAUGAAAAAGGGAGAGUUAAAUUCCCUAAAAGACGUGUCAGUGCCAAAGGAAAUAAAAUACUUGGAAAUAAAGCAUUGUUAGCAAAUCUGGAAAAUCAGUUGCAGAGAACUUUGCAUAAAAAUAAAAUCUUUCAAAGACAGAAAUUAAAAGUAGUGGAUUUAGAGACUAUAGAAGUAAAUGAAAGUGAAGGCCAUAACUUGUCAUCAACUGAAAAAGAUGACAAUGCUGAGGCCACUGUACACCCAGGUGCUAAACUUAUACUAGACACAGAAAAAUUGCACAAAAGUGAGGAUGACAAUGUUAUAAGUGCCAUAAAUGAAUUAGAUAUGUCUAUAAAUGAACAUUCAGUAGAUUCUAGUCAAAAAGUGAACAGACUGCAUUCUGAUCAUAUGUCGUCUGCUGCAAAGGUUGAUGGGGCUGAACAGUCUGAGAAUCAGGAAAUAUUUGUUUAUGCAUUUGAAAAUAAAAGUGGUAAGACAGAGGGCGUUGUUUGUAGUGUAGAAAAACGUCAGUCUACAAGUGACUCCCUUGGAAGACCCAGAAAAUACCUCACUUGUAUCAAUAUAGUGGCAGAAAAAGAUGCGGUCUUAGAUGAAGGUUGUCCAUUUACACAAGAUAUUGCAGAUGGUGGAUUACCCAGUGCCAGUGGAAGUGGACUGUUCUUUGCCGAGGAAGAUAAACCAGCUAACUUUAAUGUUGAGGUUGGACGUAGGAAAGGCGAUCUUAGAGUAUCUGUCAGUGGUCCAAACUCUAUUGCCAAAUGUAGUGUUGACCCUCAAGCGGAUGGUUCUUACAAUGUGACCUACAUCCCAGUGGAAACUGGAAUUUUCGAUAUCAGUGUUACAUGGAACAGCACAGAUAUACCGGGGAGCCCAUAUCACCCGAAAGUAGUUGAUGCAAGAAAAGUACGAAUAAUUGGCGGGUGGCAACAUUUUAUGGACAGUAACGAGAGAGUGAAUCUUGUUGUUGGUGAACGUAAACAAUUACCGUUUGAUACUGCUGAAGCUGGACCUGGAACAUUAAGGGCAGAAGUUAAGGCACCUUCACGGACUCUGGAUGUAGACAUUGACAACCAUACAAUGGGAAAGUCUGUCGUGGAGUUUGUUCCGGAAGAAGAAGGUGCACAUUACAUUCAUCUGUUCUGGUCGGAUAUUCCACUUGUGAACUCGCCGUUCCUCGGCUUUGCUGUACAGCACACACCAGAUGCCAGCAAACUGAUCUUGACUGGGCGGGGACUGAAGGAAGCGGUGGUCAGAGAAGAGGCAGAGUUUGUUAUUGAUGGUUCACAGGCAGGCAGAGGCAAUCCUGAUGUUGUUCUGAGUGGUGUGAGAGCCGAGGUCAAUGUCAAGGUCACCCCAAUUGGCAGUGGAAAAUUCCGCUGCACAUACAUUCCUAUUCUCCCUGGUGCUUAUCUCUUACAUAUCACAUGGAACGGGCGACAGCUCCGAGGAUCUCCGUAUAAAGUGAAUGUCAUCGGAGCAUUCUAUCCAAACAGAGUGGCUGUCAGUGGAGUGGGUGGCGCUAUCUUGGGAAGAGAAAUGAAUGUUGGAAUUGAUACAAGAAAAGCUGGACCAGGUGAGCUGACUGCAUACUGUAUGGGACCCCACCAGGUGGCGUACUGUGAACUUGAAGACAAUCAUGAUGGUACAUUCAGACUGGGAGUGAAAGCACAGGAGUCUGGCAGACAUGUACUGCAGAUCAAAUAUGGUGGAGAACAUGUGCAGGGAAGUCCAUUUGUAUACAAAGUCACUGCUCAACCUGACGCUAGUAAAGUGAGAGUUCACGGUCCAGGUGUGGAGCAUGGUAUCCUAGCAACAUACAUCAGCAGGUUUAUUGUAGAGACACGUGGAGCAGGAGCGGGACAACUUACAGUCAGAAUAAGAGGACCAAAAGGAGCGUUCCAGGUAGAGAUGUACCGAGACAGCCAGAGGGACCGUACCAUCCUGUGCCGUUUUGAUCCCACCGAGUGUGGCCUGUACAUCAUCAGCGUGAAAUGGUCCGGAGUUGAUGUUCCUGGGUCACCAUUCCACGUUCACAUUCUUGACACCCAGGAGGAACUAGAGCAAGUCCUCAAUGAGGUCUCAUAUUCUUUCGGCACGAGUCACAGCCACAGUCAUGGCGGCUCACAACUUUCGCAUCAACCCCCACCACGACUGGUUUAUGGGCAGUGGCAGCAGCAAACACUCUAAGAUAAUAACAUUAUAACAGACUGCUUUAUAACUUAACAGUGAUAUUGUAAAAUUCAGUAAUAGCUAGCUUGGUGAAGUUAUUGUAAUCUUUUCUGACACUUGCAAAAUACUUGUUCAACCUUUAGGCUUAAACAAUUUAUUUUUAUAUCAUUGGCUUAUGGGGCUGUUAUCAAAGAGGGUUGUUGCAAGUUUUUAUUUUGCAGAAAUAUUUAUACUGAAUUUAAGAUAUCAUAUUUCAAGUGUUAAAAAAAUGAUCAUAUUCUUAGGACUGUAAAAGAAAGUUUACUGAAAUUUGAGAAAAUUAGUGUUUAAUCAGUUUUGUAGGUAGAAUCUGUAGUCAAGUAGGUUACUAUAUGUGUAUAGAAAAUACUCAUCACAUAGGUUUCUUCUCAUAGUUUUUGCUGUAAUCAUCAUACGGUGAGAUCAAUAUUUUUUGUGAGGGGAUUUAUUUCCGUGGAUUCUUUUAUUGAGCCAAUUUUCAGAAAUGCUGAAGAAAAUAAAAUUUUCUAUUACCUUGUUGUCAGAAGUCCUAAUCAAUGUCUUGGAUUAACAUCCUUAAAAUUUUCUCUGGGGAAAUAUAUACUCAAAUUACAGUUUAAAUCUCAUAAGAUCAUUAUGAUGGUUAUUUCGUUGGAGUUUCUGAGUAAUUGAUGAUUAGAUAUUAAAUAUUUACUUGAAAGCUUUCAUUUUUUGAAAGGUUAGGGUAUUUUGGCUGAAGAAAUAGGUUUACAGGUAAUAGGUGUAGAUCUGUUUUUGUUAUUAACAUGUAUAUUAACAUGAUCUUUCUACUUGUUUUGUUAUAAUAAAUCUAUUUCUUGAUGAUAUGAAAAAUAUAUUAAAUGUCAGCUAUUUUUUUUAUACUUACAUAAUUAUCUUAGGACACAAAUAACGACUGUUCAUUUAUACAUUUGCCAUUUCGACAUGAGGACACAGAAUCAACUUUUCAUGAAUAUAUGGAGUUGAAAUUGACACAAAACAAAAACUGUGAUUUUGAUUUUCCAUUUCUUAGAUUAGUCAAUUUCUAUUACAUGUACAUUAAUACUAGUGUGCUGCCAAACUACUUUGUGAAAUUUGAGGUUUUACUGGAAAUAUAGAUUGAAAAACAAAACUUAAUGCAUUCCACAUCAUUUACACGCCAUUUUAUAUGCUUAGAAUUAUACAGAACACAUUAUGCAGGUGUAUUACCUCAGCAGAAUAGUUUAUAUUGCGUUGUCAAGUUUAUACAUGUUAACUAUAUCUUGUUAGAUUUUGAAAAAGAAUUAAUUCUACAUUUAUAAACAUUUGUUGCUAUAGAAAUGUACAUUGUACACAAUUGUUGCUAUAUACAUGUGCGUUGUACAUAUUUAUUGCUAUAGACAUGUACAAUGUACACAUGUUGCUUUAUACAUUAUACACAUAUGUUGCUAUAGACAUGUACGUUAUACAUGAUGUAAUACUCCAAUAAAAGUAUGUUUAUUAUA